UCGAUGACGGGCAAUCGACAAGCUGAUUGAAAUGAAGUGAAAGGCGGAUAUAACGGCUAACGGCUACUGUAACACAAGUACUUGGCGAGGACUGUGAGAUAUGCGAUAUGAUAUGCGAUCAAAGAGGCAGGCAAAUGUGAGGCGAAGGAACGAGAGAUUACGGAUACGCCGGGGUGCCCUCGAGCUCGAGCGUAUCCCGACAAUCCCGACUCCCACGUCGAUUCGAGUUAUUCAGAUUUCAGAGUCCGCGGCGAGAGUCACUUUCGUGACUGUUGCCGAGUCAUUGCGCGGUCAGGUGCGCCGUGCGCCGCAGACACUGCAGAGUGCAGACAGUGACGAAAUGGUCGAAAUGUCACCUGCAAAUUAAUUUCUCUCCUCGUCGACCGUUGUUUUGGAAAUUUAUCGUGGUCCUGCGCUGCGUCCUGCACCCUGCACUCCUGCCCUGCCACCACCUGCCACCUGCCACAUGCGAGUGUCUGACGACCCGAGACCCGACAUUCCCGACAACGACGACCAGUCACCAGAGGAAUAAUGAGUCAUGAGAUACAUGUCUAUCUUUUUAUCGAUAUAUUAAAUUCAUCUAAAUUGGAAAUCAAGUUGGUCACUCAUAACACACAGACAUAAUACAGCCCUUUUGAUUUUCGAGGCGUGGAAAGGAGUGGUGAGGAGUGAGGAGAGCGGAAAAGAGAGGGGAGCGGGAGCGAGCGAGCUCAGCGAACUCAGCAAACGCGAAUCGGCGAAUGAGAGGAUUUAUGUCAUAAAUCAUAAUAAUAGUAAUAAUAGAGAGAUUUGAGGUAUGCACAAUGCACAUGCCUAUGUCUUUAAGUGGAUCCUAAUGCCACGACAAAAUUAAUUUUGUGCAAUCUAAACUCUAAACAUCUAAACUAAACUAUUGGAGAUCGACUACGAGUACUACCAUUGUUGCGUGGCCGCGGCGCGAUGUGCGAUACGUGUAAUGUUUUGACAGAUAUCAUAACCUUGAACCUCAGUACAUACAUGUAUACCUACAUACAUCUGUCAAACGUUAGAUUUGCUUAUUGUGGUGCGGACAAAUUUUCAAAGCAGUUCCAAUCAAAUUGAUGAAAACAAGUUGCUUCCACGUGUGAUGCCAGGAUUGCCAGGGCGCAUAUAAAAACGUCUUCGGUCUUCCUCAAACAGCACUAGCAAGAUGGAGACUUGGGAAAGAAUCCUCAGCUUUGCUGAUAUUGUAAUGAGGGUGCCACCUCUGUUUAUCAUCGACGAGCUACUUAGAAUCGGCCUCGGUUUACCCAACGACAAUAUUGUGCUGAAAAACAAUGAAUAUGGCUUUAAAACUACCAAUUUGUCGAGCAUCGCUAGUUCCAUCUCUGCUGUUACAACAGACUCGUUUCUAAUGGACCACGUUGAUUUCACUCAUCUUGCUUACAAGACUUAUCUGAUAAUUGUGUUCAAAUUUUUAUGCUGUUGUAUAGGUUUUCUCGCAGCCUUAUACACGUUUAUGUUGUGUACUAGACAUUUGGUAAUCGUAUACCUAUAUCUAAUAUCUGUAGGGGUGAUAUUUGUGUCGUACUGGUCAAAUGUUAGUGCGACGAAAGCGAUUGUAGCUUACAUGAGUGCCCACGAAUCGGCAACCAGCAUACUUGACAGUAUAUUAUGUUUGAAUCUAUCGGACGUUCUGUACAACGGUCCAGGUUUUCUGAUUAUCCAAAACUAUAUACUGCAAUGUCUGCUAGCCAGCGUCUUCUGUUACAUACAUCUUGCCCCAAGGCAUCCCAUAGUUCAGAAGCUUCUCGUGCUGAGCUUUAUGUCACCAUCCAUCUUGGGUAUCCAUCCUUUACCGGUGCAAUAUCUGUACCACGCACCAGUAUGCGCAACGUUAAUCCCGCUGGCUGUGUGUAAAUUUGUCAUCUGGUAUAACGGAGUCUCCAUGUUAAGAACCAUCUACAUGGGCUACCGGCAUGCACGCAACUUUAUAAUCAAUUACGGUUUAACCGCACUCGCGGAAACCGAAUGGAUGCGUCUGAACGUGCCGUGCGUACUUCGGACGUUUUGGAUGCUGCGAAUGGGAGAGCAAGUGGUGCAAAUUCUCGGGAAUCACUACGGCGAGGAAACGUUUACGUAUUACGUUAUGAUCCGAACGCUGCUGGUAAACGGGUGCGAGACAUUGACAGCCGUCCUCGGUAUGACCAGCAUAAUCUCCUUCAUCUGCCACUAUAUCGGCUGUUUCUUCCAAUGGAUACUACUGACGGAAGACGAAGAUGAGAAGAGCAUCGGCACGGUGUCCGCCAUAUUAUUUUACAUUCUUGCCCUACAGACCGGACUGACGAGUCUCGACAGGGAGAAGCGUCUAAUACGACUGUAUCGUAAUUUCUGCCUAUUGUUCACGGCGAUUUUACACUUUGUCCAUAAUAUAGUGAAUCCACUCUUGAUGUCGCUCAGUGCCUCUCAUAAUCCGGCGCUACAUAGACACUUGCGGGCUUUGGCGGUCUGUGCUUUUCUAAUAUUCUUCCCGCUAUCGUUACUCGUGUUCCUCUGGUCCCACUUCACAGUGAGCACGUGGCUACUGGCUGUAUCGGUCUUCAGCAUCGAGGUAAUAGUCAAAGUGCUGGUCUCGCUAGCGAUUUACUCGCUCUUUCUGAUCGACGCGUACAGGAGCGCGUUCUGGGAACAAUUUGACGAUUACGUGUACAUAAUAAAGGCAUUUGGUAAUACUGUGGAAUUCGCUUUUGGCAUUAUAUUGUUCUUCAACGGUUUCUGGAUAUUGAUCUUCGAGUCUGGUGGAGCUAUUCGCGCCAUCAUGAUGUGCAUACAUGCCUACUUUAAUAUCUGGUGCGAGGCGAAGGCUGGAUGGAGCGUGUUUAUGAAACGACGGACGGCUGUGAACAAGAUCAAUUCUUUACCGGAGGCAAAGGCCGAACAACUUGAACGAUUGGACGACGUUUGCGCGAUUUGCUACCAGGAGAUGCAAAGCGCCAAGAUCACUCAAUGCAAUCAUUAUUUCCACGGCGUAUGCUUGCGAAAAUGGUUAUACGUUCAAGACCGAUGUCCUCUUUGCCACGAUAUAUUGUACAAAGUUGAAAAUGUGCAAAACAGAGAACACGGUGGCGCGGCUCUCGCCACGGCUCUCGUUGAGCAACAAGACGGCAGGAACGACCGUCAAGACGGCACGCGUGUAGAAACUAGACGGACGUCGAAUGUACAGCCUCGUCAGAAUAAUCAGACGCACAUGGCCGAACGUUCGGACGAGGGCAGGUGAAAUGAUGUGGCUUUUCACGCGCAUUUUGUGAUAUGAUACAUAGAUAGACUCGAUUUAUAUUUUUAACGCUAACUUUGAUCGCGAAAUACCGACGUCCAACGUGGAAUCUCACUCGAAAGUUUCGCUCAUUUGUAUAUUACUCCAACUUUAUUAUCGCAAAGCAUUUGUAACGUAUACAUUUGUGAUUAUCGUGCGAGAAAUCGAGUCUUUCCAUUUCAAUUUCUUGUAAAAUCUUGUAAAUAAGUUAUACGCGCGAGAGAACAGUUACACGCGACGAUUAUCUCGUAAUAAGAAAGUACUUGGCGUACAGUUUUAAACACUUUGGCUCUUUGCCGUUUCGAUAGGUGUUUACUGCUAAAUAUAAUUUUUGGAUCGUUGUUAUGCUACAAUCAUCGUAUACGGCGUGACGCAAUGGUAUACAAGCUUCCACGUACAUGUCAUGUUGUGCUUCCAUUUCUUAAUCACGAUGUACCGAGAUACAUAGUUUUCUAUCGAGGGUGAGUGAGAGCAGUGGGCAGGAGAGAGGCACAUUUUAAGAUUUAUUAUAUAAAAAAUUUAAUGAAGACAGAAAGAUUUGUGUGGCUAAAACUUUAAUUUUACGAAUUUUACAAAAUUUUAAUUAUACUUUUCUUUAUAAUUAAAUUGAAAUAAUGAUUCAUUGUAAGUAUAAUGUUGUACAUGUUUCAAGUGCCAGCUAAAUGUCGUGUUGAGUAUACGUAACUAUAAAGAAGACUGGAGCGAAUUAUUUUCUUUCAAAUCUACGAGUAGGCGAUAGUAGUUAUCGUCUUUACUAAGAAAUCGACUGUAAUUGAGUGUACGUGCAAAUAAAAUUCCAUUAUAUCGUUUCUUCUUUCGUAAAAUAAACAUAUUAUAAAGACCAAAAUCUCAAGAUGACUUGAUGUUUUUGAAAAAUAAAAAAAUGUGGGUUCGAUAUAUCUCGUAAAUAUAUUUAACAAUUAUAUGCUCAAUAUUUCAAACAGAGAUACAGAGCGCAGUCAUUGAUCUGUUAAUCUUACGCACUGUGUACUAUAACUUGUACUCGAUAUGUACAUUUGAUGGGUACGUCGCGAUUAUUAACUGAUGUUUCAAGCGGAUCUUCACUAUCUUUUGAAAACAGAGAUUAAGAUAUCUCAGUUUGGUCAUUUAUUUCUGUGAAAAUGAUAGAUGAUACGUUUAAUCCACUCUAUAUGUAUAAUAAUGUCGAAAUAAGAGCAUACGAAAUGACUAUUUCACUAA